AUGCUCUUAAAAUACUCCGAAAUACGUAAGGAUGAGUCAAAAGACAGCAUAUCAUCUUUAACAUUAAAACAAGUUAGUUUGGAUUUGGCANAUAUAAUCCAUGUCGGGGCUGAAGACUUUGCCAAUCAACUCACUCUGCUUGAUCUGCCCGUUUUUCUUGCCAUUCAACCUGAUGAGUUGACCAGCUGUUCGUGGAACAAAAAGAACAAACUGGUUGCAGCACCCAACGUAGUUGCCUUCAGUCGAAGAUUCAAUCACGUGAGUUUUUGGGUCGUUCAAGAAAUACUCUCACGGUCUACCACUAAACAACGAGCGGAAAUCUUGGGCCAUUUUAUUAAAAUAGCGAAGAAACUUUAUGAUCUGAACAAUUUACAUUCACUUUUUGCAAUCAUAUCAGCUCUUCAGAGUGCUUCAGUGUAUAGGUUAUCGAAAACCUGGAACUGUUUGACUAAGAAGGAGAAGCAGACGUUCGAUAAACUUUCCGAAGUUUUUUCGGACGCUGACAACUGGUCGAAUCUUAGACAUCACAUCGAAAGUCUGAAGUUGCCAUGUAUUCCUUAUUUAGGUCUUUAUCUAACCGAUUUGGUUUACAUCGAUAUGGCACAUCCUCAUUCGGGAGGCUUAGAAUCUCAACAACGAUUACUCAAAAUGAACAACAUACUUCGUAUAAUCUCGAAUUAUCAGCUAUCUGAUUACUCAUAUUUACCUACAUUAUCUCACGUUCAGGAUUACCUUAAUUCUAUACGGUACAUCGAGGAACUGCAAAAGUUUGUUGAAGAUGACCAAUACAAAUUGUCUCUUAAGUUAGAACCGCCUACACCACCCCCUAGCUCGUCUACGUGUAGUUCGAAGGAAUCGGUGAAUGGCGGUGCAGUCGAUGCUUUGGCGAUCGCGUCUUUGAAUCUCUCUCCUGCCAAGGCAUCCAGCGGUUCACUCAGAUUACAGGCAGUCACUUCCGGUGCCAAGUUCAUACCUGGACACCGAAAAUGCCGUAGUCUGGGCACCAAAUUUCGUAGUGCAAGUCUGCCACGUAACUUUCAUAAGCAAGGAACACCUCAAGGGUGUUCACUUGCUAUUUGGGGUAUAUUUGGUAAAUUUCAUGUUAAUUCGACUGACACGAAAGAAAUAAGCAAAGUAUUACACUUAUUAGACGAUUCGGAGCUUGAAGAUACUCAUUCUGAAUGCGGGCAGCUUAGUAGAGCCGAACUUAGUUUACCACCUUCUGAUAUUUCUUUACAAGCCUCUAAAAAUACCGACGAGGAUUGCACUCUCCUCACAAGUUGCAGAUUAACUGAAGAUAUUUUGAACAACGUAACUGACUCUUGUGUUAUGCAAGGCUGCAUCAGAAGGAAAACUAUUCUGAAAUAUGGAAAAAAACCUACCGUUGCUUCUUGGCAAAGGUACUGGCUUCAAAUUUGGUCAUCGUCGAUAGUUUAUUUUUCACCAAAGUCAUUUAAAGGCUCACAAAGGUCUGAUUUUAAAAGAGAACCCUGCAAGAUGGUAUCUUUAACCGGAUGUUCAAUAAUUUUGGAAGAAAAUUCGGUACACACGGAUGUCUUCCAUUUGGUUGAUCAUAAUCGAGGAAAUGUUUAUAAAUUUCGUGCUGGUUCGCAAACAGCAGCUGUCAGAUGGUCUCGUUGCCUUCAAGAUGCAGCGAACACCGAAAAAGUUCCUUUACCCGCUAAUUUAAUGUCGUUUGAAUAAUUUUAUUAAUUCGAUUCACACUUAAGUUCUUAGCGUUUUAGUAGGACUACAUACAUAUGUGAUUGCAUCUCCACUAUACGUACCUUGUAAUUAAUUAUUAUUUUCUUUUUGUUACUUAGUGUAUCGUUUAUACAAUUAAUAAUAUGAAUACCUUUCGAAAAUUUGAUUUUGAUAUUGAAUGUUUAAAACUAUUAAUGCCUUACACGAAGCGAAUUCGCUGUUCUCAUCACGUGCC